AUGCUAUGUCCUCAACGUAGCCACGGCGUGCUACGGUCAACGCAGUGUCCUCAAGGCUCCAACUGCUGUCGUCGUUGCUCCUAUCAGUCACGUGACCUAGAGCACCACUUCAAUGUGCACUGUCGUGCUAUAGCUGCAAGGCUUUGCAGCUGGAACCACCGUGCCACCUCUCAGCCACCUUGCAGCAAGCGCAAUUGUUGUCCUGGAUCCCUCUGUCGAGCCCAAGGUGCAACCACAUGGAUAACCUCAUGGUUUUAUGGUGGCUACGACCUUAUAGCUAUGCAACUAAGCUGCCGAGUCCAGCAGCCGCCACCGACUCGUUUACCACCACGUUGCAGCUCGCAACCAACUUGGCGCCACUGCUAA